UUGCCCUCCAAGUCUCGGACAAUUUAUUAUAUAGAUACGUCAUAUUACAAAAUAUGCUCAAAUGUAGAACAAAUAUGCAGUAUGACAAUUACACGAACAAAAAUAAAUAUAUAAAGAGAGAGAGAGAGAGAGGAAAACAACUCAGGCAUCAUACCAGACACAUAUAGAAGGGAAGGGGUCCUUUGUCAAAAACAACAUGGCAGCCUUCUGUAGAGGAAAGCACCGGUUAAAAUCCAUAGGUUGUUUACAUACGUCAACCAGGAAUUUGACAGGUAAAUUCGACUAUGAUGUCGUGGUCGUUGGUGGCGGCUCCGGAGGUCUGGCCUGCUCCAAGGAAGCUGCUCAGUUGGGAAAGAAGGUGGCUGUCUUGGAUUAUGUAGAACCGUCCGUCAAAGGUACUAAAUGGGGUUUAGGAGGAACGUGUGUGAAUGUUGGGUGUAUACCCAAGAAACUGAUGCACCAAGCCGCUCUUUUGGGCACUGCAAUGAAAGAUGCUCAGAAAUAUGGCUGGAAGAUACCAGGCCCUGCAUCGCAUGAUUGGGCCACUAUGGCAGCAGCUGUGCAGAACCAUGUAAAAUCACUUAACUGGGGCCAUCGAGUUCAGCUACAGGACAAGAAAGUGAAAUAUCUCAACAUGAAGGGCAGCCUGGUAGACGGCCACACAGUCAAAGGAGAGACCGCCAGAGGCAAAGAGACGAUUCUCACUGCCAGGAACAUUGUGAUCGCCACUGGAGGCCGGCCAAAGUACCCCACGCAUGUCCCUGGAGCAGAAGAGCAUGGGAUCACCAGUGAUGAUAUAUUCUGGCUCAAGGAGUCUCCUGGAAAGACGCUCGUGGUGGGUGCCAGCUAUGUGGGCCUGGAGUGCGCGGGGUUCCUGACAGGCAUCGGUCAGGACGCCACCAUCAUGGUGCGCAGCAUCGCCCUCCGGGGGUUUGAUCAGCAAAUGGCAGGGCUGGUAACUGGCUAUAUGGAGGCCUAUGGCACCAAGUUUGCCUGGAAUUGCACCCCUAAGAAGGUGGAGAAGCUGCCCUCUGGUGCUCUUCAGGUGACGUGGAUCAACAGUUCCACGAAGCAGGAAGAGCAUGACACCUUCGACUCAGUGCUUUGGGCUGUAGGCAGAGCCCCGGAGUCCCAGCUCCUCAACCUGGAGAAGGUCGGGGUGCAGCUCGACAAAGAGACAGGCAAAAUAGUUGUGGCCCCUGACGAAGCCACGUCCGUGCCCAACAUCUACGCCAUUGGUGAUAUCAGCCAGGGCCGCCCUGAGCUGACCCCGACUGCCAUUCAGGCAGGCAAGCUGCUGGCUCGCAGGCUCGCCGGGGACUCCAAGGAGCUCAUGAACUAUGACCAUGUCCCCACUGCUGUGUUUACUCCACUGGAGUAUAGCUGUGUUGGGUUGACUGAGGAAGAGGCUGAGCAGAAGCACGGGAAAGACUCCAUUGAGGUGUUCCAUGCUUUCUACAAGCCUCUGGAGUUUACCGUGGCAGAGAGAGAUGCCAGCCAGUGUUACAUCAAGGUGGUGUGUUUGCGUGAAGAAGACCAGCGCUUACUGGGCCUGCACUUCACUGGCCCUGGCGCUGGAGAGGUCAUCCAGGGCUUUGCCUUGGGCUUCCAGUGUGGCGCGACCUACACUCACCUGUUGAACACCGUGGGCAUUCACCCCACCUGCGCCGAGGAGCUGACCAAACUCAACGUCACCAAGCGCUCGGGGCUGGACGCCACAGUAACGGGAUGCUGAGGUUAAGUGCCCCCUCUCUGAACGCCACGAGCACACACACCCAGGAUCCCUAGCCUAGUGUAGAAGCCAGGGGAAAAGAGCCAAAGUCGGGGGUUGUGUCUCUCAGCUCAGACCUCCGCUAGCCCACUGCUCAGCCACAGCCGCAGGUCAAGAUCUCUCCCCCUUUCAAACUCAUUUGUACAUGGUUGCACAUGGUUGCAUUUCUCAAGGUAUAGCCCAUCUUUCCAGAUCAUGUGCUUGGGAUGUAUUCCUACUUCUUCCCGUUCCACUCAACCACUCAAUCCAUGAGCCACUCAAAACUCCAGCUACUCGGUCGAGGUGUAACACGCAGGUUCAUAAAGGACAGGCAGGGUGGUGGAACCUUACCUAAGCAGUUUUUUUAACACGUGUUAAGAUUAUUUUAUGUGCGGCUAAUUGCGCACUUAAAGUUUUACAUGGGGAAAAUACUUGCACAGGUUAAAGCCAACCAAACCUCGGCAGCGCGGUGGCAACAAUGUAAACAAGGCCAUAAAUCAGGAUUAAGGGGCCGCUACAGUUUGUUGAAACGAACGUGCAAGAGAGAGAGAGAUACAGAGGGAGAGAGGGAGGUAGAGAGCGGCGAGAGGCCGAGCGUCUCAGAAAUAUAUUCUGCAAAUAUUGUUGUUUCUCCGGCUGUACUUCCUGCCCAUUAGUCUUGAAGGUGACACGCGGUACCCGCCCUGACACUGAUGGAUGAGAGAGGGCCGUCGCCGCGGUGACACCGCCCCCCGUUUCCCAUGGACACAGACAAACACCCCGGCUAGUCCCUGCUGUCAGUCAGUGACGGGUAGGCCAGGACCAGGGUGUUCGGUAGAGAGACCGAGCGAGCGAGCGAGAGAGAGAGAGAGAGAGAGAGAGAGUGCUUGUUUGGGUCUGUGCCCCUCCGAACUCAGAAGGGAAUACGUGGGCCCUGCAAUAACACGCGCUGUCAGGCCCUCUGUGUUAAGGGCACCCAGAGCCAGCAGACCCCCGCAAUACGAUCCCUCCGCCAGAGAAGAUGGAGUUCGCUGGGGUCUUUUUCUGAUAUGUUUUUGUUGCAGUUUUUUUUUGCUGGCUUGUCAUGGCAGUGGCAGUACCUCAUUUGGCCUAAAGGUGGUGAUGUUGCUCUCUCUCUCUCCCUUCCUCCCUCCCUUCCUCCCUUCCUUCUCUCUCCUCACUCAGACCUCUCACCCUCAUCAGGAGAUUAUCGCAUUACUCUGAUUAAGUCUCCGCAAACCCAAUCAGCGAUCAGGUCACAUACAUACCAGGAUUAAUCGCCCGGGUGCGCUGCUCUGCUGUGCGAUGCGGACUGUGGACUUGUGCUCCUCUAGUCUUUUCCUUUUUUUCCUCUCCCUCCUGGAGCAGAUAAGCCCUAUCAGUUGUUUAUCCACACAGGCUGAUAGCCCACAGCCCAAAGGGCAGCACCCUUGAGGGACCCCGGGAGCCCCGCCUGUCAUCCUUCCAUCACCGUCCCAGCAGAGGGAUUCUUCAUCCCUCAUCCCCGCUAAAAACAUCGGUAUUAUAUAUUAAAACGGCCCCAAAAUCCACCCGGCUGGGUUGCGGUAUCUCUUUUAAUGUGGCAUUAAGGAGCUGGAUUGAGUGGAGGAGAGUGGGAGGGUAGUGGUGGGGGGUGGGGGGGGUUAAGAGAGUUGGGGAAGGAGGGAGAGGAGCGACGAGCCCCAAAUGGGUUUAUUUUUGUUUGAAGUCUAAUCUGCUGGGCCUGAUUAAUGAUCCUGACGAGGGGAGUGACAGCGGCUCUGGCUGCGGCCGGGUUGGUGGUUGAGGGGCGAGGGCUACCAGGUUUAUUUGUACCUGGGGCUGAGGGAGAGCUGCGGGGUAGGGAGGGUGGUGAUGGUGGCUGGGGAUGCCUGGAUGUGUGUGCUCUGUUCAGGGACGGGGUGCUGACUGAGGGACCCUGACCUCCAGCUCGGCACCAACAGCUUGACUCUAUCAGCCGGACUCAAAAGCGCACAAACACUUAAACACUGCUGGGGACGGCCUGGGACUGGCCCACACUCUCUCUCUCUCACACACACACACACACACACACACACACACACACACACACACACACACACACACACACAUAGUCCACAACGCAGCGGCUUGUUUGCCCAGGGUAAAUUAAUCCGUUCCCGGUCUUAGCAGGGAUCCCUCAGGAGAUCUGGGAUGGCAGUCAGUCACCCCGUCGUGAGGGGGAUCUCUUCGCCGCUCUGCAUUAGACCAACAUCUCACUACCUCACCACCUAUUAGUCUCUGUCACAGUGUCUGAUGAUGUUUACAGUCUCCCGCAGACUGACUCGAGUUUGAGGGCUUUUAAGAGCAAUAUCUCCUCGGGAAAAACAAGCUUUGUCAUUGUUACUAAAUAUGGCAUGUGUGUGAUGAAUGGUGUUUAUGGACAGAGCUCAGGAGCUUCAGUGGGUCAGUCCCAGUCCGGUAAACAACAGGGCCGGCGGGGUCAGGGUUCAACUUUCCAGGGGCCAGCUAAUGAUGACUUGCUCGAAAACCCAAACCGGGCAGAGCAAGUCUGAUGUCAACCUGGUCUCCAACUGUUAUUUAAUUUGUAAAUAGAGAAUAAGAUUUGCCAUAAAGCUUUGUACUCAGUGCACAGUGUAAUGAAUAAAAUAAGAACGUAUGUA